AUGGCCAGCCACGGAGCUGCGCCGGCCGCCGGAUCCGACGCCGCGCGCGUCGAGGUCAGCGGCACAGGCCAGACAAACCAGCCUGCUUAUCCGCCUUUAGUUUCUGGGGAUCAUUCAUGGUCCACUACAACUGGCGCAGCAGCAGCAGGUUCGUGGAACUAUCCAGUGGCCAAUCAAAGUCAAGAUGCAGUAUACUAUGAUCCACAGAGGGAUGUAUCGGUUUCAGGAGAUAAUCAAAAUGUGGCAAGCAGUGCGCCUCCUGCUGUACAGUCGACUAUGGGCUUGACAAAUGCAAGUCAUUCUCAUGUGCCUUACUCAAGUUCACUUCAGCAUGGCUACAAUCCUGCAGAAUAUGCAAACUAUUACUAUAACUACCCACAAGCAACAAAUAGUUGUUCUGUGCAGCAAGGAGGAGCAAACCAACAUUCAGGUGCAGCUUAUCAGCCUCUUACUUCAUUUCAGAAUUCUGGGUCUUACGUUGAUCCUACAAGUAACACAUAUUACAAUGCUGGUGGUCACCAGACUGCGCCAGGAUAUGCAACCACCAACUAUUAUUAUCAGACCGACACUCGUAAUGAUGGAAGCUCAGGAAACAAUUAUGCCCAGUCAUACCAGAACUACCCAUCCUCUGAUACCAAUGCAGCCCAAAGUUCCAGUGCAGUGCCUGCCAAUUCUUUCUCAUAUCAGCAACAGUACAACCAGUGGCCAUACUAUUACAAUCACUCUGUGCCAACUCCUGCUGGCAAUCCAGUUGCUGGGAGCAGCAACAUAGAUAAUACAGUCGUUAACACCACUUCUGGUUACUCUUAUCCUAGUAUGGAGCCACCUCCGCCGGGUACUACGCCAUGGAAAAGUAAUUCAAGCGCUUCUGUUGCACCUCCUGUACAGGCUCCAAGCGUUCCAGAACCUCAAAAUCAAUACGUCCAACAAGCGCAAGUAACUCCAGGGUUCCAAAACCAGUAUGCCUAUCAGGCACCAGGUGUCCCAGUGUCUCAGAACUACUACGCCAGCCAGGCACCAGCAUACCCACAAAACAAUAUGAAUGUGAAUCAAGUACCUUUGAACAACCAUGGUGAUCAACAGAAGAGUGGUUCUUUGACGACAGGUAUUUACAGUAGCGAAAACAAAACACAGAUUCCGAUCAUUCCUCGAAUUGCUCCUGGUUUCUCUAUGGUAAUACCAAAGAGUGAGAAGAAAAUUGUAGGUGCUGAUUUGGCAAAGAAACCUGCCUAUGUUAGUGUUUCUGUGCCGAAGAAUGAUGGCAAAGCAGUUCAAAAUGGUUCAGACACUAGAUCCCUCCCUUUUUCGCUGCGUAAUUAUGCCAUGAGGAAUCUUAGCCGUUGCAAGGAUGAGGCCCAGAGGGCUGCUUGCCAAACCAUGAUACAACAGAUCACAAGCAAAGCUAUUAGCAAUGGAACCCUCCUUACUAAGAAUUGGGACACUGAACCGCUGAUUCCUUUGCCAGAGAACCUUUUGACCAUGACCGAAACAAGUGCAAACAAUUCAAGUUCCUUGCCAACAUCUUCUACCCCUAAAAGACGACUGAAAAGUAGGUGGGAGCCUGUUCCGGAAGAAAAGGUUACUGAAAAGGUGGAGCCACUAGCAAAAGCAUUGAUGAAUGGAAAUGCCCACAAUAAUUUGAAAGCCCAAAAUACGAUGGGUAACAGUUGGAAUUUAGGGAAGUCUCUCCAGUCUCCACACGCACCUUCAAACAAAAUCAGCCACCGGCUUUCCAAGAAGCAAAAGAUGGGUAGUUAUUCAAGUGUGGUACAAAAUGGAAACACUUCAAGUGAUAGUGAUAAGGAGAAGGACCUGACCAAAUAUUACGCCAAUGCAUCAGCAUUAGCAAACUCACCAGAGGAAAAGAAACGCAGGGAGCACAGAUCUAAGCGUUUUGAGAAGAGUAAGGAUUCAUCAUCAAAGUCAAGAAAUUCUGCAGUGAAUAAAGAUGCCAUGGCUCGUAUACAUACAAGAAGACCCAUUUCAGCUCUUGUUACUGGAAGUUAUAAAGAUGGCAGCAGCUUGGCCGUCGAGGAUAUGGACUGGGAUGCACUGACAGUCAAGGGAACAUGUCAAGAAAUUGAGAAACGAUAUUUACGCCUCACAUCAGCGCCUGAUCCUUCCACGGUAAGACCAGAACAUGUCUUGGAGAAGGCGCUUUCCAUGGUUGAAACAUCUCAAAAGAAUUAUCUUUACAAGUGUGAUCAACUGAAAUCUAUUCGCCAAGAUCUUACAGUUCAGAGGAUCCAGAAUGAACUGACUGUGAAGGUUUAUGAAACUCAUGCGCGUUUAGCACUGCAAGCUGGUGAUCUACCUGAAUUUAACCAGUGCCAGUCACAACUGAAGAGGCUAUAUAGAGAGGGAAACAACGGUUGCUAUUUUGAAUUCUCUGCCUACAAUUUGCUCUGCGUCAUGCUACACUCUAAUAACAAACGAGACCUGUUGUCAUCAAUGGCAAGCUUAUCAAAAGAAGCCAAACAAGAUGGAGCUGUCAAGCAUGCCCUUGCAGUUCAUGCUGCUGUUUCAUCUGGCAAUUAUGUAAUAUUUUUCAAAUUAUACAAGCAAGGACCCAACUUGAACUCUUGCCUCAUGGAUCUAUAUGUGGAGAGGAUGCGUUUCGAGGCUAUAAAAUGUAUGUCUAGAUCAUAUCGUCCCACGGUACCUGUGGGGUAUGUUGCACAGGUUUUGGGAUUCUUACUAGAUGGGGAGGACAGGUUGGAAGAAUGUGAAAUAUGGUUAAAAGCACAUGGUGCCGUUCUUUCAGUAGAUAACAGUGGAGAAUUGCAGAUAGACACAAAGCUUCUUCUAGUACGCUUUUCAUGCCGGAGCCAGAGAAUGCGGUUGCACAUGGUGACGCGUCACUUGCAGUUAACGACUUCUUUGCACGUACAUUGUAGAAGGUGUAGUAUGGCUGUGUAG